AUGAACCCCGACGAGCGCGCCCACUACCUCGCAGACGCCCCGCCGUCGGUCGUCAGGCUCGAGAUUGAGUCUCACUUUGAGGCCUUGAGCGACCAGCAGAAGCGCUAUGCCCACUUCAUCAGCAAGGCGUGUUUUGCCGGCACGAGGAUCGUCCUGCGCCAGCUUUCUCCCGAGGCCGAGCCCAUCUACGACUUGAUCCUGGCCCUCCACAGGCGCUGUAAUGGGGAUUGGCCUUCUUUGGCUAAUGAGGCCAGUGUCGACCAGUCGGAGCUGACUUACUUCCUCGAGUAUGCCGCAAUGUUCCUGGGCAACCUGGGCAACUACAAGAGCUUCGGAGACUCCAAGUUUCUCCCUCGAUGCAGCGAAAAGAGCGUGGCCGCACUCGCUGCUACCGCCCCCGAGGCCGACCAGUUCUACCAAGCUACAAAGGGCGCCAUCUUCAGCUCCGAUGAAUCCGCCGCCAUGCAUCUGGGCUUCCCCGACGCCGGCCACAUGUCGACUUACUACCCAGACUCCCCAGGCAUCACAAAGGCUGACAUUGAGGCCGUAAAUGCUUGGACGGAGAAGAAGGGCUUACUUCCCGAAAACACGAGGCUGCGAAAGACCGAUGACGGCACGUUUGAGAUUCUCAUUGCCUCGGCCGUCACCAGCGUGCCCGCAGACGGUGGCGAUAUUGGCAAGGAUACCUCGUUCGUGGUCGAGGACGGACCGCUCAGUGGAAAGACCAUCAAGCUAAUCUUUGGCGACUACGCCGAUCAAAUGAAGGCCAUUACCGCCUACUCCAAACAGGCCGUCGCCAACGCCGACAACGAGACUCAGAAAAAGAUGCACUCAAACUACGCAAAGUCUUUUGAGACGGGCUCUCUGGAGGCCUACAAGGAUGCUCAGCGCCAUUGGAUCAGGGACAAGGGCCCAAUGGUCGAAUGCAACAUUGGCUUCGUCGAGACUUACCGCGAUCCGGCGGGAGUGCGUGGUGAGUGGGAAGGCUUCGCCUCCAUGGUCAACCUCGAGCGAACGCGCGCCUUUGGAGAGCUGGUCGCAGCCGCGCCGUCCCUCAUCCCCCUGCUGCCGUGGGACAAGGCGUUUGAAAAGGACAAGUUUCUCUCCCCGGACUUUACCUCUCUCGAGGUCAUGACGUUCAACGGCUCCGGCAUCCCCGCUGGCAUCAACAUUCCGAAUUACGAUGAUAUCCGACAGACAGAGGGGUUCAAGAAUGUGUCGCUCGGCAACGUCCUGAGCGCCAAGGCGCCCAACGAGAAGAUACCCUUUAUUCGCGAGGAAGACCUCAAGGUGUACCAGAAAUAUCGCGACGCGUCCUUCGAGGUCCAAGUUGGGCUCCACGAGCUGACUGGUCAUGGAUGCGGAAAACUUCUCCAGGAGACUUCGCCCGGCGUCUUCAACUUUGACAAGGACAAGCCUCCCGUCAGCCCCGUCACCCACAAGCCCAUCACGACGUGGUACAAACCCGGUCAGACUUGGGGCUCCGUUUUCGGCAGCAUCGCCGCCUCGUACGAGGAGUGCCGUGCCGAGCUGGUCGCCAUGGACCUCAGCUGCGAGUUCCCGGUGCUGAAGAUUUUUGGCUUCGGGGACGGCAAGCUUGACAUGGAUGGCGAAGCCGGCGACGUUCUCUACGCCUCGUACCUCUCCAUGGCCCGCGCCGGCCUAGCUUCUCUCGAGUUGUGGGAUCCCAAGAGCCAGAAGUGGGGGCAGGCCCAUAGCCAGGCUCGCUUCUCUAUUCUUAAGUGCUUCCUCGAGGCCAGCGACGAUUUCUGCAAGCUCGACUAUGCCAAAAACGACUUGUCCGACCUCACCAUCAAGCUUGACCGGUCCAAGAUUCUCACCUCAGGUCGCGAGGCCGUGUCCAAGUACCUGCAGAAGCUGCAUAUCUACAAGUCGACGGCCGACGUGGAGAACGGCACCAAGUUCUACACGGACAUGACGACGGUCGAUCCUGGUUUCUGGGGCACCAAGAUCCGCAAGGUGGUGCUUGACCAGAAGCAGCCUCGCAAGGUCUUUGUGCAGGCAAACACGACGUUGGACGAGGCAUCGGGCAAGGUUUCAAUGAAGCACUACGAGGCCUCGCUUGUGGGCAUGAUUCAGAGCUGGGUUGACAGGGAUCUCUAG